GGCUGCUUGAGAAGCCAGUUUUCAUAAAAUUCUGUGGAUAAUCAAUGUUUACGGGGAACUGCCAAGAGUAAAAUCAUGGAUAAUUUGUUGACCGAGUUGAAGAAAUUGAAAUUGCGGGAGUCGCCCGCUAUUUCCAAGAAAUGCAUUGAUGAUAUCUUAGAGAUGAUCACAGCUGAAGACUGUGACAAAGCCUCAGCAGGGAAAACACUGGUUACUGAGGGCAUCCUUCCUGAACUCCAACAUCAUGUUAACUUAUCGGAUGAGAAUGUCAUGAAGGCAGCAAAGCUGGUGGCAGAACUGGCCAAAACAAGUUCGGUACGUGAGGAGUGUGUCAAGCAGAAAUUCGUUGACUUAUUCACCAAACACUUGUCUAGUUCGGACGUGGAGACAUGUACCCAAGUCUGUAGGGCACUUGGGAACAUUUGCUAUGACAACGAUGUUGGCCGCGAAGCGAUGAGCAACUGUGAGGGUUUGGAGAAGUUAUAUAAUCACCUGAAGCGACUUCAUUGUGACAAGAAAGAUGACACGCACAAGGCGUCUAGGAUGAUGGGUUGUGGCUGUUUACUUAAUCUCACCAAUACCAAUGAACUGCUUCAAGAAAAGGCGAUAAAACUGGGCGCCCUCGACUUAAUGAAUGGUUACAUGCAGGACUAUAUCGAUGAUGAGGACCUCAUGUCCAUGGUCCUGAUGACUGUCAGUAGUCUUGUCGACUCGGAAUCAGCCAAAGAACAAAUCAUAGAUUCAAAACUACCAACGACAGUAGUGAAACUGUACGAAUCACCAGAGGUGGCAGAAAUAGAAGAUGCUAUUUUAGAACUUUUAGCAACGCUUGCAGAAGAUGAUUCUGUGAAGAACGACUUGUGUAAAACUGCAUUAACUCAACAUUUACUCGCGACCAUUAGAACGCAUCAAGAUAGUGACGAAGAUGAUAGUCAGACUCUCGUUAAGUUAGCAGCCGAUCUAAUUAUACUUUUACUAACAGGAGAUGAUAGUAUGCAGUUAUUGUACAAUGACGGUUCGGGUCCAGUGUUCCUCGUGUCCAAGAAAUGGCUGCAGUGUUCCCAUCCUCAUCUCAGAGUAUGUGGCGCAUUGGCCAUUGGGAAUUUUGCCAGAGGGGAUGCAAACUGCAUAAAUCUAGUAAAAGAUGGAACGACUAAUGUUCUGAUUGAGUCACUCCAAAUCACAGCAGAUGACGACAUCAGCAGCAAGGCCAACAUGACCAUGUUACAUGCUGUACUCAGUGCAUUGAGGAAUAUAGCAAUACCAGCAUCUAAUAAAUCUGCUAUGAUAAAUGCAGGAGUUUUAGAAAAAGUCUUACAAUUUAUGUCCAGUGAUGCUGCGCCUGUACAGUUUAAGCUCCUCGGUUUGUUGAGAAUGGCCGUCGAUGGACAGGAGGAGGCCGCGAAGACACUCGGGACAAAUGAAGAGUUCCUGAAGCGGUUGGUGGCGUGGUGUUCCGUGGAAGAACACGCCGGCGUCAAAGGUGAAGCGAACCGACUAAUGGCAUCGUUGAUUAAAAAUUCCCGGUCGUCAAUAGUCAUGAAUACAAUUCUUCAGAUUGGUGGAUUAAAACAUUUGGUUUCCAUGGCAACAUCGGAGCAUACUGUGAUGCAGAAUGAGGCACUUGUGGCAUUGAAUUUGAUGAUCGCAUCAAUAAUUGGAACAAAUGCAGCCAGCAUCAAGGAUUCUGACCUCAUCCCGACCAUCAUGACGUUAUUAAACGAUGAGAAGUUACUGCCGGAAUUGAUGUGUAAUACACUCAGUCUGGUCAACGGAUUACAUUCUGCAGAUGUGACAAGGGAGGCCAUACAAACUGCCGAGAUAUUACCCAUGGUGCAGAAACACAAGGGCCAUUCUGAUAGCAUCGUCCAGGAGAGAGUUCUUCAAGUAUUAGCCACCUAUGGGACGAGUUGAUCACAUCACUUUCAAACUUAUGCAAAUCAUCAACUUUCUCUUACCAUAUCCUAAAGCAAAGACUGUUCACUGUUUGUAGGGGCCACUUCAUGUUUGAUUCAAAGUCUCUAAACUUAAGUCUUACGGUUUUGAAAGGCUAGGUGAUGGUCAACUUGAGAGAGACUUCUAAGUUGACCUGUUUAGAGAUUAUUAAGUAUCACGGGACGGAAGGCCAGAGACUUGAUGCGAAUUGCAGAGGACAGAUAAAGCGUAUUGCUGCAUAGUCGAACACGCAGGGUCACCCCAAAUGCCACAUGGCUGGGCGUUAUUAUGAUGAUGAUGAUGAUGAUGAUGAUGAUGAUGAUGAUGAAUUAUCACAAUGCUUUUAAAUGUGUGCAGCCUUCGAUGUUCUUCAUGAGGUAUUAUACUGCUGUUCAACAUGCCUGAUGCUUUACUUGUAACGUACUGUUAACUGGCUGUUGAAUUUCACCAACACUCUCUGUCUAUUUUCAAAGCAACAGAAAAAUUUGGAUGCAAAAGACACUAAAGGCCAUUCCGAAAAAUAGAGAUUACCUGGCAAAAUAUACCUGAUGAUACCUUGGAUCUGAAUACCAUAGCAUUUCAAAGCAAAGAUCGCAAAAUUCCAUAGUAAAUCACGCAAUAAGGUCACACUUUUAUGCAGCAGUACAGGCUUGGCAGAAAAGUUUGGUCUACUCAAAAAUACCCCAGGUAGAUUUAGUGGCUUUUGUAUCUGAACUUUUUAACUUCACUAUCGGGGCAUAUUUUGCCUCAAAGCAACUAAUUUAGUUUUUUAGCUUACUCAUUACUGAUAGCAGAACUGUAAACCAGACUGUCUUCAUGGCUUAUUUCUUUCAUGAACAAGAGUGGGUGUGGCAGAAGUAUUAUCUCUCCAUGUAAACUUCUGGAUUAUGCAAACUGACAGUUUUAGUCCCUGUUAUCCCAAGUGUGUUAAGUCUGAUGUAAAGUAUCAACUGUUACAACUUAUUUUUUGCCAUCCGCAUCAAAAGUGAAGUCAGUGCUGUACUGUAUUUUGUUUUAUUCAUCAAACUUUUAAGGCAAUAAAUGUUUUGUCGGUCACUGAAUCAUGGUCACUAAAUCACUAAAAUGGUUAAAAAAAUCUUUCAGCAGUUAAGUGGGACAAUCAAUACUGCACCCUGGUAGCAAAACGAUAAUAUUACAUAAUAUUAGAGUGAUGUUUCAGAAGAGGUUCUGUUGAUUUUGAUGUACAUUCUGUUGCUGUGGCGAAAGUCGUCCGUGAUAAAAUUGGUUUGACAUUCUGUUACGUACCAUGUUCUAUGUUUGAAAUACAUGUGCACAUUUUGCUUUUACUUUUGUUAUGCUACUAUACAUGUUGGUCUAUGAACAAGA